AUGACGUCAAGGUCUCCUCCUCCUUCACCCUCAAGUAUGGAUGCACCAGAACCUACAAGAUUGAUGGGAUCAAUAAUCACGACCAUGCAACAACAAAACGCCUCACUAGUGCAACAAAAUGCCUUAUCCCUACAACAGUUGGAGGCCGCUCGGUUUUCAACAGAGAGGACUCAGGAGCAGUAUGUGGAAUUGAUGUCAAAAGAUAGAACUGAGACAAGGUCAUCCACUCUUUCGGAUAAUUGUCAACAAGAAUGGAGCCUAGAGAGUUUUCUACAACACCAUCCGGCUAAAUUCAGUGGGAAGUGUAGUCCAGACGAGGCCGACCAAUGGUUUGAAGAUAUGGAGCGCAUAUUUAAUGCUAAGAAGUGCUCGGAAGAGAACCGACUAAUCUAUUCAGAAUAUUUGUUAACUGGAGAAGCAAGUCACUGCGUUCGGUUUGCAAAAGAAGUUGAGUUUUUGGAAUUGGUUCAAGGGAACAUAUCUGUGUCAGACUAUGCCACUCGGUUUAAGCAUCUUCGAAGAUUCUAUACGAUGGAAACAAGUGAAGAAUGGCUAUGUAAAAAGUUUGAGAAUGGACUGAGGGGUGAUAUCAAGUUGUUGAUUGUCGGAUUAUGUAUUAGGGAAUUUCCAGUGCUAGUGGAGAGAGUAAGAGUAUCGGAAAAGACAAAGAAGGAAGUGGAAAGUCAGCAUAAUCAACAACCGAGAGUGGGAGAACCGAGAGCAUCUAAGGGGAGUGUUAGUUCCAGAACGACUCAGCAUGCUCGACUUUCCCCUUCAAAACCGAAAGAUCAGUCUUCCAGAGCUCUAGUACCGUUCGGCCAUUCGGGACAACAAGGUCCAGUAAGAUGUUUUAAUUGUGGAGGAGCUCAUCUAAGGUCUGUCUGUCCUAAAUUGGCAAAAUAUAGGAAGUGUAAAUGA